UGAGAUGGGGGUAGGGAGGCAGAGAGGCUUGUGAGAUGGGGUCCUCGGGACCUGGACGGCUCUCAGUCCUGGAUCAGAAAACCUGGGUCCCAGGAUGGGGCCUGGGCCUCCGCCGGCCUCCCGCACUCCCCGAAUGCGCAGAACUGAGGGCGCAGGCCCGCCUCCCUGCCCAGCGCUGCGCCUGGGGAAAGAGGACGCCCGAACCCCCAGAGGAACGGCCUCGGACGUGGGGCCCAGGCCGCUAGAGCCACAGGGGUUGCCGCGUAGGGCCAGCAGGGAUGAACCACCGGGGUUUAGGGACGCGCGCGGCGGGGAGAAGCCACUUCCGUUCCAUUUCCUUCCGGACGGCGGCAGGAAUGAGGUCUUGGGUCUCAGGUGGGGCUGCAGCGCCCCCUGGAGGCCCCGCGGCCGGUUCCCGGUCCCCCGGGCGUGCAUUGGUGUGUGCGUGCCACAGAGGGCUCGGACUCUUCGCGGGGGCUGGGGGGGAAGCCAUCCCUCAACCACACCCUAACUCUGUCUCCUCCGAUCUCCCCAGGCUCCAAGCUCGUGGUCCGGGAGCAGUGGCGCCCUCGGGGCGGCUGGACGGGCCCUGCAGCGCCAUGCCUGCGGGCUGAGCCCCCCAGCUGCCGGGCCUCGUCCCACCUCGCGUGGGGGCCGCGCGCGCCCAGGCCGGGGCCCCAGCGGCCCACCAUGGUGCUGCCGCCCCCGGACCGGCGCCACGUGUGCCUGACCACGCUGGUGAUCAUGGGCAGCAUGGCGGUCAUGGACGCGUACCUGGUGGAGCAGAACCAGGGCCCGCGCAAGAUCGGCGUGUGCAUCAUCGUGCUGGUGGGCGACGUGUGCUUCCUGCUGGUGCUGCGCUAUGUGGCCGUGUGGGUGGGCGCCGAGGUGCGCACGGCCAAGCGCGGCUACGCCAUGAUCCUCUGGUUCCUCUACAUCUUCGUGCUGGAGAUCAAGCUCUACUUCAUCUUCCAGAACUACAAGGCGGCGCGGCGCGGCGCGGCUGACCCGGUGGCGCGCAAGGCGCUGACGCUGCUGCUGUCCGUGUGCGUGCCCGGACUCUUCUUGCUGCUGGUGGCGCUCGACCGCAUGGAGUACGUGCGCACCUUCCGCAAGCGCGAGGACCUGCGCGGACGCCUCUUCUGGGUGGCGCUGGACCUGCUGGACCUGCUGGACAUGCAGGCCAGCCUGUGGGAGCCGCCGCGUACCGGGCUGCCGCUGUGGGCCGAGGGCCUCACUUUCUUCUACUGCUACAUGCUGCUGCUGGUGCUGCCGUGCGUGGCGCUCAGCGAGGUCAGCAUGCAGGGUGAGCACAUCGCGCCGCAGAGGAUGAUGCUCUACCCAGUGCUCAGCCUCGCUACCGUCAACGUGGUGGCCGUGCUGGCACGUGCCGCCAACAUGGCGCUCUUCCGCGACAGCCGCGUCUCAGCCAUCUUCGUCGGCAAGAACGUGGUGGCUCUCGCCACCAAGGCCUGUACCUUUCUCGAGUACCGCCGCCAGGUGCGCGACUUCCCGCCGCCAGCGCUUGCGCUAGAGCUCCAGCCGCCGCCUCCGCAGCAGCGCAACUCUGUGCCGCCAGCCCAGCCGCUGCAUGGCCCGCCCGGACGCCCCCGCGGGCCCUCGCCCACGCGUGAGGCCCUGGACACGUGACAGGGCCCGUGCGGCCCCAGGGACGCCCCCCGGGGCGCAAAGACAUUGUCCCGUGGGGUGCGCAGUUUGCAUGGGAUGGGGUGGGGGCGGGCUCCCCACGGGGCCAGGUGCAGCGCUUCUUCGUCUCAGGGACCCCCUCGGAUCGCAGACCUCAGCCCUCCUCAGCCAGGCUGUCCCCCGCCCGUGGGCUCAUGUGUGCGACCUGGCCUGGAGUGGAAGGGCCCUCCCCAGCCUGCUGGGGCCUGGGUGGGAAGGGAGGACAGGGGCGGAGGUCUGGUCCCUGGGUGGGGGUCCCUCGGUGGUGGCCUCUGGCUCAGAGUUUGGGGCCAAGAAGGCCUCUGUCAUUUUAAAGACUUGUGUUUACAGUUUUGUAUCCAAGG